ACGCGGUGUUUGAAAAUAUAUUAAACAACUUACCUGCUUUAUUUAAUCAAACUAAGCUAGUGCUACUCCGACUAAUCAAGCGACAGCCCGACCACCCGUGAAACGUCCUGUACUCAACAAAGAACGUGACUUAUUAUGAAUAAGUUAGACAAUAUUUGUUCUUGUAAUAUUUGGGUGUGGGUGUUGUGUUAAAAUGAGUGCUUUUUCAUCUCUACAGGGUGGUUCAGACUCCAAGAGAGAACAGUUUCGAAGAUAUUUGGAGAAAGCCGGUGUUGUUGAUAGUCUCACUAGUGUUUUUGUGUCCCUGUAUGAACAACAGGAGAAGCCCACGAAUGCUUUGGAAUAUGUGAAGCAAUGCCUGAACGCUGUAGGACAGAAUCCCGACACUGAUGCGCUGCAACAGGAGCUGAACAAGCUGAGGCAGGAGAUUGCACGUCUGACGGAGGAAAAUAAAGAUCUUAGAGCUAGGCUGAAGCACUAUGAAACUGCACCAGAGGAUGGCAGCACAACAAAAUGAACCCUGGAAGCACUCUGGUUUGAUUAAUGAGUUAUUUGUUGAUACUGAUAUUUUUGGAUUUCAGUGCAGAGCAAAAAUGAAAGAUGUUUACACUGCUGUGCUUUUUUUGGUUUUGUAAAUCUUAAGUUUAUUCUCCUUGUCUAAUUUAUUUUGUAUAUGUUUGUAUAUAAUUUCUUGUUUAUAAAAGUAUUUCUAAAGUUCUCAGCAAUUAAAAUGUUUGUGUCACAGAA